GAGUGACGUUAAGGCGAGCAGACCUCAUGUUUGGCGUUUUAGUCCACUUUUGAAAGAAAACAAAUUUCUUCAAAAGUGUGGGGUCUCCUCACUGAUUCUCGUCGACUUCAUAACCUUUCCGUUCUUUUCUCCCUUCUUCUGUUAUUACCGCCAAUUUCCUAGGGGAAGUUAGUGGUAAUUUCGAAUCAACAUAUCGUAUCCUCUAGCCCGUAACGUGGAAGUCGACGGCCAUAUAUCCAACUUAUUUAUUAUUCGAUCGACAACUUUCCACAAAGAAUCACUCUUUUCUCUGCGUCUUUUUAAUCAUUUUCUUUAAUAUUCCAACUUCACAAGUCCAGCGAUUUCAUCAAUGGCUCAGAAAACGCCUGUGAGCUUGAUGAACGAACUUGCCAAAGCCAACAAACUAAACCCCGAAUACAAAGUCAUCGAGGAAACCGGACCAGCUCACCAACGAACGUUUACUGUACAGCUGACCCUGGGCGACGUGGGAACAUGGCAAGGCAAAGCUACAAGUAUUCGAAGCGCCAGACAUGCAGCAGCCACAGCAGGUUUGGAGAAUUGUGGGUUAACAAAGCCAGAGAUCGAGAAACCAAACAUCCAACAGUUCAACAUCACUCCGACAGUGGAACUGAACGUGAUGGGGAUGAAGCUUGGGAAGCUGAUUCAGUACCAUGACCUGCAGCCCAAGAUACUGUCCUCAUAUCAACCAAUCAGCAUGGGCUAUCCUAACCUCCAGAUGCAACAUCAUCACACUGGCUUGCAUCACUACAUGCCUCGACCCCGUCCCUCUUACAGCAUUGCACACCCAAGUCAAGGGAAUCACUAUCGUCCAUAUGUCCAAAAUGGGUUUCAUUCCCGGCCUCCACCACCCCGUCUACCCAGAAUCUUUUGUGUCCAGCUGAUGGUAGGAGACCAGGAAUUCUAUGGUGAAGGACGUGACAAGCAGAAAGCUCGUCAAAAUGCGGCAUCUAAAGCAAUCAAGAUGCUGCGAGAUGAGAUGGCUUCUGUUAUGGAUAGGAUUACCACCUCUUCCACUCCUGAAGAAUCAAAAACAGCUAAUCAAAAUGGUGAAAGCAAAGUUGACCAAUUGGAGAGUUCUCCUAGGCAGAGUAUCACUGAAGUGAAAUCUGAGAUCAGUCAGGUGUAUGAGAUAGCCUCUAAACGGAAACUGCAAGUAGGAUUUGAAGAUGUGAAGAGCAGUGGCCCUCCCCACAUGAAGCGUUUUGUGGUGAGUGCCACUGUGGGUGACUUCACAACAUUGGGAGAGGGAUGCAAGAAGAAGGACGCAAAACAAGAGGCUGCUCGGAAAAUGCUGGAAGAACUGCAAAAGCUACCUGAACUACCCAAAGAUGAAACAAGCUACAAGAAAGCUGGUCGUUUUGCUCGCCGUGGGCCUCGUAUCUCCUAUCAUGAAAAACCAAAAGGUGAGAUAGAUCCUUCCUUGAACCCAGUCAGUAUUCUGGGGCAGAUUCUUCAACGAAGACAUGAUCAGCCACCAGACUAUGAACUUCUUUACGAGAAGGCGAAGGGAAAUGAAAGGGAAUUUAAAAUACAGGUGACUGUCAGUCAACACAAGGCUACUGGAUGUGGUUCAAACAAGAAGGAAGCUAAGAAAAAGGCUGCUGAAGCCAUGUUACAACUGAUUGGAUUUCGCUCUCCUGAAGGACAAUCAACUGCUGCAAGUACUCAGGUAUGUAAUUGAGACAAUCUUUGACCCUUUCACUCCUGUUAGUGACCAAGACAGAAUUUCUCCUUACAGUAUCAAUAUAAUAUCAAGCAGACAAGUUAUAGGAAUAAAGAAAACAUAAAUUAGGGGACAAUCAGUUCAUCCAAUACCAAAUUCUCCAAACCAACUUGAUAAGAAUUGUAUUGAGGACAGUAAGGAGAAUUACUGAUGAGAUCUUGAGAGUGUGAGGGUUACUUCUAGAAGGGAUCAACACGUAACUUCUCCCCAUGAAAUUUAUACAUUAUCCACUAAAUCGUUAAUGAGUAUACUCAACCUUAUCAGGUAGAAAUUGUUAUCUUGAUCUAACACUAAAUUCUUGCAACUAAUUUACAAGGAAAUACCUUGCAGCUAGAUGAGAGAAUUAGUAAUCAGAUCUUUGGAGUCAAAGGGUUAAUCAGAUAAAUAAUUGCAAGUGUUUGAGCAAUAAUUGGGAAAAAAACUGAGAAGUUUAGUAUCUUAUUCUUGAGAUCAUUAAAGUUCUUAACCCUUUACUUUCUUACAUCAUUAUCUAUAUUCUCCAUACUGUUCUCUUUACAUUCCCUAUAGUAAUGACAAAGAGAAUUUGUUUGUCAAUCCAGAGCUUCUUAAAUUGAUGAUCAUUUCCUUUAUUCUCAUGACCUCAAUAUUUGAUUUAAGGGAUGAUCCAGUGAGGAGAUAUUAGAAAAUAGUCACUCUUAAGGGUUAAUGGCUUUUUGCAUCAGUGCAUGUCUGAUGUGAGACAUAAGACUCCUUGUAUCUUUUUUAGGGAGAUAAGGCUGUGAAAACAGAAAGGAGUGACACAGACCAGAAGGCUUCUGUAAAUUCUAAUGGAACAAACACAGAACUACCCACCAUACUUGGUCGACAGCUGAAGCCUGGACUACUCCCAAUGGUUCCAGAGCUAGCCAAGCAAACUCGAUCAGAUAUGAUGAACUCUGUUGUUGCACCCAUUGCUCAAGUCAAGCAGGAACCACAGGUAUGGACAAGAAAUGUUAUUUCCUAUCUCUCAAAUAAAUAAAUUCUGUAUUGCCUGGGAUCUAUUUAACAAAUAGAUUCCAAGUUGCUGUGCAGCUGUUCAGUAAUAGAUCACAGAUGAUGUCAAAAUGUGGUAAGAACAAAAAAGUGGCACACAAGGCGCAGUUGAGUGUGUCACUGAUGUUCUAUCCACAUUUUGACAUCCUCUGUGAUCUAUUACUGAACAGAUGCACGGCAACUUGGCAGGGCUCGAAAUUAAAGCUCGCAAACUGGCAAAAUGCGAGUGAUUUUGUUAAUCUGCGAGUGAGAAAAAUUUCCACUAGCAAACGUUUGUUAGUUAGAAUCAUCUAUGUCUCCCAAACAUGCAGUAGAGAGGUGGUGGUUGUCAGGACAACGACAAAGGAGACCAAACAUUUACCACCUUUUUUAUAAAACUUUUCAGCUCAUUAAUAGCCUGUGCGAAAUAUCAAUUCUAAUCUUUUUAUCAGAUAUGGUCAUUGACAUUUCAAAAGGAAAUAAUUUGCUAGUGGUCUCACCAGUUUGCGAGUGGAAAAAAAUCUUACCAGCAAAACUUUGCUAGUCAACCAAAAAGUUAACUUCGAGCCCUGCUUGGAAUCUAUUUGUUGUAUGUAAUAAAGAAUUAAAAAAGGUUUUAAUGAUGAUGUCAUCUAUACGUCUAUCCUCUGAUAGAUCAUAAGUGAGAACCAAUCAGAAUGCAUGUAUAACUGAGCUUAUUAUAUAAUUAGUAAUAGAUCAUACAUAGAUUAUGUCAAAAUGUGAUGAGACGAAAAAAGUGACACUUAAAAUGCUGUGGAGUGUGUCACUGAUGAUCUGACACUUUUUGGCAUCUUCUGUAAUCUAUUUCUGUGAAGACUCAUGGCAACAUUGAACAUAUUUGUUUUAUAUGAUAAAAAGUGAAAUGGUAUAAUGGUGAGGUCAUCUGUGCAUCUUUCCUCCAAUGCACCAUGAGUAAGAACCAGUCAGAAGGGCAUAUAUAAUUCAGCUUGCCAUAUGAUAUAUAAUUGAUAACAGUUUUACUCGACAAUUAGAUUGCCCAACCAGCAAUUCUUGUCUAACUCUGUGAUUCUGAUGUUUAGUGCACUAUUUUUGCUUAUCAGGAGCCUACUGUUCAAGGUGGACUAAAUCGGGCUCCUGGAGCACCCGUGGUAAAGACUACACCAGGAAAACCUCCUACACCUGUUCAGAAGCUGUUACAUUUGGCUGACGUUGAAGGACUUAGAGUACAAUUUACCGAUUACCCCAAGGUUAGUACCUUCUUUUUAAACAUUAGUGAUGACAUGUUUCUUCCCUUAAUCCUUACAUUCUUGGCCAUUGCCCUCCCUCCACCCCACUUUGUGUGGAGGAAAGGAGGAAUCAUGUGCUCAGUUCCUUCUUGCCACUGAAAGUGUUACUAAGCUCUAGCACGACUGAGCCUCUGGCUUUCAAGCUAAUGUAAUCAUUUUUCUCUUUAGGAAAGAGAAUUUCUCACUGUUAUCACUGUGUCAUCUAUUCCUCCCCUCACUUGCUAUGGAUCAGGAAAAACUGUUGAAGUUUCACGGGAAGAAGCUGCGAAUAAUGCUUUAAAACCACUGCUACAGUUACAAGGUAUGGCUUGGGUGCAUUUGUUCUACUUUAAUUCUUCUGAUUUCUUCUGGCUGUGCAAGCUUGUAGCCAGCAAAUUAGGCUGUCACCUGAAAUUUCAAGUGAGGCAGCUUAAAGGUAGAAUUUGAUAUUGUAAGGAUUAUGAGUGUGUAACCUCAGAGAUGCCUGUGUUGUGCUAAGCAAUUGCCAGCCAAAAGAUAUAGCCGAAGAUUGCCUCUUUUUCAUCUGGCAAACUUUGCUGGCAGCUGGUGCUCAGCAACAACUGUAACUUUGUAAAUUAAUAUUGUUAUGGAGUAAUGCAGGGUUUCUUCAUCAACUCGCUUUCGUAGGAAGUAUCAAAACCCAACCACCAGCCACUAAGGACAUCAACACAAGUGAUGAACCAAGAGAACACCAAGUAAAGAAAGAUUAAACAUUUGGCUGAAGUUUCAGGAAAGUUAAUGAUGGAUAGUACAAAUGACCCAUGACAAAGGAUUGUUUGAUCCUAGUAAAUUAUCAAGUAGAUUUUAGUGUGCUCACUUAAGAUAAAAAAUAAGUAAAAAUAUUUUUUUUAAUGUUCAUGGAUUCACCAAAUUUAUGCACAACAGAAUGAAAGAAUUGGUCACCCUUUGGGUUUUACAUAUGCUUGCAAUUGAUAGACAUGAAGAAGUUGGUAAUGUUGUUUCAUUUAUAUAUUAAAUAAUUAAUCUUUUCCUUGAUUAAGAGGGUUGAUACAUGAUCUUUGGGGUAUUCAUUGGUUUUGCCUUGCCACAUAGUGCUACAGCGUAAGGCACAAUGGUAAUGGUAAUUUUUGCUAGUUAGUUUGAUAGACUAACUUUUGCUGUUUUAAGACAUAUCUUAAAACAAUGAUUCUUAGGUAAAAUGUUCCAAGCUUGCUGAUUGCAUGGACAAACUGUGCAAGGCAUAUUUUGCCUUUCUAAUUGGCACUAGAGCUAGAGUGGUAAAUAACUUGUUUAUUUUUUCUGUUAGUUUUCUUUUUCUGCUUUGCCUUAAAUGUUAUGGAAAUAAUUACAGAUCAUGGUCCAUAUUGUAAAAGGGUGGACCAGUAGCAAGCAUGUAAUUAGCCAAUCAGAUUUGAGGAUUCAAGAUUCCAGGUUAGGGAGAUGCUUCUGAAAAAAAAAUUAGAGGGUAAUCUGAGUCCCUCAUGAAAAUUCAUCAUUUUUUUUUUCUGAUAUUGUAGUCUACAUCACGGGCACAUGCCCUUGCUUAGGACAAAAGUCAAAAGAGUAUUUGUCACACAAAUGAAAGACACUCGAGUAAUGAAAAAAGAAGACUUUCCAAUGGUGAUAAGUA